AUGGAUGGGUAUUUAGAAGACAUCCACAUCUACAGGCAGUCUGGUGACCAAGCAGUGCAGAAAAACCUUGGGCGGACAUGGCUGGAAACAUCUGAGUUUGCCACUGGGAAUGUGUCCCUAACAUUGAGGAAGGUCCAGCCAGCAGAUGAAGGAACUUACAGCUGCCUCGUCAAGUCCAGGGACUGGAGCUCUUCUGCCGCCACUAUGCUCAGCAUUGCAGGUACUGGUGAAGCAUCCAUUGAGAUACUGGUCCCACAGGGGCAAGGCCUGGAGCUCAUCUGCAGAUCCCAUGGAUGGUUCCCCAAACCUACUGUCCAGUGGGUUGCUGAGAGUGGGAAGAGCCUGUCCCCAGACACUGCAAUGCACCAGGACAGCAACCAACUCUUCAGUGUGCUGAGCCGAGUCACAGUCACGGGGGAAGAAGUGGGAGAAGUCACUUGUCAGAUCCUCAACCCUCUGGUGCAGACUGAGGAGAAAUCGACUGUGCUUCUCUCCAGUGAGUGA